AUGUCGAAGAAGAACGCAGCCCCAUCUGGCGCUCAUUUGUCUCACUUCGACCCGUCAGCUCUCGAUCGACGCGACGCAGAGGGUGGACUGCGGCUGGACUGGCUUGAGCAUACCACAGUCGGGAAACGACGGUAG